UCUUCUCUUUUUUCUUCUUUUGGUUUUAGGCGUAAGAAAAAAAUGUCUCAAACAGCGGAGGAAGACAAGAAGCCCGGCGGCGAUCAAAUUCACAUCAAUCUCAAAGUCAAAAGUCAGGAUGGGAAUGAAGUCUUCUUUAGGAUCAAAAGAAGCACCCAGCUAAAGAAACUCAUGAAUGCAUACUGUGACCGGCAGUCUGUGGAUUUUAAUUCAAUUGCAUUCUUGUUUGAUGGUCGUCGUCUUCGAGGAGAGCAGACUCCAGAUGAGCUGGAGAUGGAGGAUGGCGAUGAAAUUGAUGCAAUGUUGCAUCAAACUGGAGGCUCAACUGUUUGAGGCAUCUCAUCUCUUUUGUUUACGGACAUAGACUGUGUUUCUAGGUGGUAGACUAUAAUGAAUGUAGCUUGUGCUACUUUAGGUACUGUAGAAGCAUAAAUAAGCUUUGUGGUUUUGCCUAUGCUUGUAUGAACUUAGCUACGUAUUGCUUAAUGCUUACUGUUGCAAGAAGAUCUCCAGUGGCUUCUUGUCGUGAAACUGAAGUGUUGCUUGUUGUACCUAUAACCUAUCUGAGAUUACUGUGCAUCUCAUGCUUUGAUUAAUGUGUGAAUUUCCAUCUUAGAUAUUAGACGCCACGAGAAACUAGAAUCUUGUUCGAUUUGUGUAACACUUGUUAUUCCAUUUCCAAUUAAGAUCAAUCCAUCUACUUUAAGAUUCGUAA